CCAUCGCCUGGCCAAAGAACACUUCGCCGCACAGCGCAUACCCUUCUCCAUCUCUCGCCACUCUCUCUCUCUCUCUCCCUCUGCAAGCGUGCACGGACGCGCGCCAUGGACAAUCCUCCGGUCGCGGCGGCGGCGGCCAACAACGUGGCCAAUCCUCCGGCAGCGGCAGCGGCGGCCAACAACGUGGCCAAUCCUCCGGCGGCGGCACCUGCGGCUGCACCAGCAGCGAAUGCCGCCGCCGCAGCGCGCGCCGCGCGGCACACCGCCUGGAAGAAGAAGGACAAGAAGGUUGCAAUCAUAUCUCUGGUCGUUCUGGCGAUCGUCCUGGUUCUGGUUGCGGUGCUGUGCCUCCAACCCUGGAAAAAGUAGAGAAUCUAUGCAUCAAGAUGCGUGGCGUGCUCUGAGUACUUCUGUGGGAUCGAGCAACCUGAUCGUGUCCGUGGUUAAGGAGUACUACUGCGUCCAACUUAUAUAUGCAGUUUGUUAUUAGGUUAAUUAUUCUUUUGCCCUCAGUGGUGUCCAUGUGCUCAGUUUUGCCCUCAGAUACGAAUUGUCCUCAAUUUUGCCCCUAGUUCGAGCACAGCAACUAUGACGAGGCCAAACGGCCAUAUUUGAGUCCAUUCCGUCCGCCGGCGUUAGUGGUUGUGGGUCCGAAGCUUACACGUGGGACCGCCACUAAUAGAA